UGAGCAGUGAAAGAGGUCAGACGGCAAUUCCACCUCCACCUACAUCUGAUUGUGCUUGUCGCGUGUGUUUUGUUUCUGAAAAACAAAAGAAGACAUUGAAGUUUCAAACCCGGCGUCCGUCUCGUGUUAUGAGCAGCAACUGAACGGGACGAUGGGCGUACCUGUGCCUUCGAGUGACAUCAAGGCGUCUGCUGAGUUUGGUUCUCUUUAAAACGUCGACGUUGGUUACUUUGUGAAACGUUACAAGAUACAAAGAUGUGUUCGUAUGAAAGAGCAAUGGCGUGGCUGGGGUCCUUCGUGCUAUUGGGAGCUGCUGUCCGAUGUCUAGGAGGCCACACUCAGCAUCUGCACCCUCCGGUGGAGAUCGAGCCCCUGCCCGCAAUGCCGCGAGUCCAGAUGCCUCACAUGCAGUCGGCAGACAUGUCAGCCUUCAUUUCGCAGGCAGAGGCCGCCAUGUCUGAGCGCUUCGACCGUCUUGAGCCCGCUAUAUACAACAAAGGGGUGAUGCAGACUCCAGGCACCCCAGCGUGGUUCAUGGCAGCGUCACACUCCAUGUCACCCUCCGCCAGGAACCUGAGUCAUGUAGCUCUCAUAUCUGAGGAAACCACAAAGUAUAUCGUGCACGCGUUCAAACUUUCCCGUGACCAGGUGAGCUUCGGCCUGCCGAUGAUGGAUGUGAGGGGUACCUCACUGGGCGACCACUGCCCACUGGAGGUGGACUUCCCCUGCCAGCCGCGCAAAUACCGCGCCUUCUCUGGUUACUGCAACAACGUGCAGAACCCGCACUGGGGCAAGGCCAACACACGUUACUUGCGGUUUCUGCCCGCACAGUACAGUGACGGGGUGAGCCUGCCGCGCGGUAGCGGCCACAACCCCCUGCCCAGCCCGCGCGAGGUCUCUCUCGCCGUACACAAGGACGAGGACCUCCCACACCCCCACCUCAUGGCCAUAACCGCGGUCUGGGGCGAGUUUAUCUACCAUGACAUGGCGCACACACCGCAGAUGGCAGGAUUCCAAGGGAGGCGCCUUAAGUGCUGCAGUGUUAACUUCAGCGACUUCCACCCGGAGUGCUUCCCAAUUCGUCUGCCGGAGGAUGAUCCCAUACAUGGAAAGAGCGGGGAGAAAUGUGAAGAGUAUGCUCGGUCUGGAACAGCCCCACGGAUAGGCUGCACCCUAGGACCCAGAGAGCAAUUGAACCAAGUGACAUCAUUUCUGGAUGCAUCAAUGGUGUACGGAAGUUCCAGAGAAGAAGCAAAUGUGCUGCGAACAUUCGAUGGAGGUCGGAUGAAGACACAGACUGGUUACGGGGGGAAGCAACUGCUCCCUGCUGGCGAUAACAGUGCUGACUGCCGGCUCAACGGCACCAACAGGUGCUUCAAGGCGGGAGACGUUCGUGUGAACGAACACGUGGGGCUGGCCACGCUGCACACGCUGUGGAUGCGAGAACAUAACCGCCUGGCCACCGCCCUUCAACGUCUCAACCCUCACUGGGGAGAUGAGACGCUGUUCCAGGAGGCACGACGCAUUGUAGCGGCAGAGGUACAGCACAUCACGUACACAGAGUUCCUGCCCGUCGUGCUGGGUCAGAACACAAUGGACCAGUAUGGUUUGCAGCCUCAAGCCUCGGGCCAUUUUACAGGAUAUGACAUCAAUGUGAAUUCUGGUAUCGCUAACAGUGUGGCAGCAGCUGCAAUGUGGUUUGUUGCAUCUCUCAUACCAAAGAGCCUCAACAUGUUUGACAAUGCAGGUCGCAUUUCGACUGACAAGACCAUCAUGUCGACAUUCUAUGCUCCAUUCCAACUGUAUGAGCCAGGUGGACUGGAUAAAGUGCUGCAAAGGUUGCUGCAUGCACCUGCACAGAGAGAGGAUGAAUUCAUUAAUGAAGUCAUGACAAACCACAUGUUUCAAGACUCUAAUGAAGGCAAUGGACUGGACCUUGCUGCCCAGAUUAUACAGCAUGGCAGGGACCAUGGGUUGCCUGGAUACAUACACUGGAGACUGUUCUGUGGCCUGCCAUCUGUGACCAGCUUCCAGGAGCUUACUGAUGUAAUGUCACUUCACGUCGUGUCAUCAUUCCGUAAAGUAUACAGGAAUGUGAGUGAUAUUGACCUGUUUACUGGAGCUCUUGGAGAAACGCCAACCGAGGGCUCUGUUAUAGGACCCACUUUCGGCUGUCUGCUAGGACGACAGUUCCAUUAUUUGCGCCGGGGCGAUCGCUACUGGUAUGAGAAUGACCUGCCUCCAUCCUCAUUCUCCAAAGAACAGUUACACGAGAUUCGCAAGACCAGUCUGGCUAGGAUCAUCUGUAACAAUGCUGAUAAUAUCCGGGAAGUGCAACCACUCGUCUUCCUUGACAAGGAUCCAUUCUUAAAUGCUAUGACAGCGUGUACAGGUGCCGUGAUAGGGCACAUGGACUUGACCCCCUGGAGCACCAGUAAUCCACAUUUCAUAGUAUCAGGGACUUUACUAGCAGACUCUGUGGCCUGGGCAAAGAGAGAUGUUCACAAAAUUUUACAACAGGAGAUGGAACUCUGGGAGCAACGUCGAACAGCUGACCCACUGUCUCCAGUUGGAACAGCAUUCGGUUUUAAUCGCCCAAAGAGACAAGCAGCUGAAAUUGCCAAUACAUCGCUUAUACUUCAGUUUGCUUCAGCUAGAUUUGUUAGCAGUUUCUUGCAGGGACAGCUUCAGGACCAGGAGUCAGGUCACAGUGCAGUAGCUCCCCGGGACCUACGUGAACUGAUGGCAGUCCUACCCAACGUGGAUCUAACUGACACUCUGGAGAUACCACGGGUAUUCCGCUGUGAUGAGCAAACUCUGCCCUGUGACCACACUAGUCGCUACCGGAGUACAACUGGCUGGUGCAACAACCUACGUCACCCAGAAUGGGGCAAGUCCCUCAGAGCGUUUGUGAGACUUUUGCCUCCAGCAUAUCAUGAUGGUGUUGGCAGUCCACGGGCCUUGUCUGUGACUGGAAAGCCCUUGCCCAGUCCUCGGCUAAUCUCUGUAAAUGUGCAUCCAGACACCAGCCGCCCUCAUGUACGCUACUCCCUCAUGUUCAUGCAGUAUGCGCAACUUCUGGACCAUGAUCUCACACACACGCCUGUUAACAAAGGUUUUGUUGGGGAUUCCAUUCUGGAUUGCCAGCCAUGUGAUGCGAUGACAACGGUACAUCCUGAGUGCUUCCCUAUCCCUGUACCAGAAGAUGAUCCAUACUUCCCCAAAGUGAACAUCACUACAGGAAAACCAAUGUGUAUUCCUGUAACGCGCUCUAUGCCUGGACAAUUGACUCUAGGUUACAGGGAACAGCUGAACCAGGUGACAGCAUACAUUGACAGUUCUUUCGUGUAUGGCUCUGAUGUGUGCGAGAAGAACGUCCUUCGCUCCUUCACAGGGGGUAAACUCAAUGUAACCAAGAAUGUGCCAAAAGUGAAGCCCCUACUACCCCAGAUCACCACACACCCUGAGUGUAAAUCCAGCUCCAAGGUGUGCUUCCGAGCAGGAGAUGCUCGAGCUAGUGAACAACCUGGUCUGGCUGCACUACAUACACUGUUUCUGCGUGAACACAACCGACUUGCCGAGGGUUUAUCCUUGUUAAACCCACACUGGGAUGAUGAGAAGCUGUACCAGACAGCUCGUCGCAUCCUCUCUGCAGUCACUCAGCACAUCACCUAUCAUGAAUUUCUUCCCCGCCUCUUUGGAUGGGAUGGUGUCCAUCGGCAUGGUCUCACCCUGCAGACUGAAGGCUACUACCAAGGUUAUGAUCCAGGCUGUGAUGCUACCAUUGUGAAUGAGUUUGCAGCAGCUGCCUUUCGUUUUGGCCACAGUUUGCUGCGCCCUAUGUUGCUUCGUAUGGAUGAAGAUUAUGGAGAACGCAAGCCUGGAGUGCGGCUUAGGGACACAUUCUUCAACCCUGAUGUUCUCUAUCAGGCAGGAAUGGUUGAUGACCUUAUCCGGGGCCUUGCUGCCACACCAAUGGAGACACUGGACCAGUUCAUCACCAGCGAAGUAACAAAUCAUUUGUUUGAGGACAGGCGGAUGCCAUAUUCAGGCAUGGAUCUUGCAGCCAUCAACGUUCAGAGAGCACGGGACCAUGGUAUUCCUGGCUACAACGAAUACCGUGCAUGGUGCAACUUGACUCGGGCAAGAGAUUUUGAUGACCUGAAGCGAGAAAUUUCAUUUCCCUUGGUGGAGCGGCUACGCCGGCUUUAUGCUCAUGUGGAUGACAUAGACUUGUUCCCAGGAGGACUAGCAGAGACCCCUCUCAUGGGAGGUGUCAUUGGACCUACGUUUGCAUGCAUCAUUGGUCAUCAGUUCAGGCUUCUUCGACAAUGUGACCGAUUCUGGUAUGAAAAUGAUGACCCUCUGGUGAGAUUUACAGAAGCUCAGCUGGCAGUUAUCCGUAAGGUUACAUUAUCCCGACUUGUGUGUGACAACUGUGACCAUGUCAGCAAGGUUCAGCGUUCACUUCUAGACCUCUCAGAUCCAUUCUUGAACCCAAGAGUGUCGUGUAACAGUAUCCCUUUUCUGGACUUGGAAGUGUGGAAAGAACGCCUGUCCUGUACAGUGGGACAUACAACAAUCAAUGUGGGGUCAGCAGAGCGGAUAUCACCUUGUGUCAUGUGCACAUGCACAACUGAAGGGCCAAUUUGUCAGUCACUGAAGAUUGGAAACUGUUUCAAUCUGGCAAGGUCAUUCACUCAUGCAGCAGUUCUGGGUGACCAUGUCUGCAAGGUUCAAUGUGCCUUUGUAUUUCGUGCCCUGCCCAGAGUGGUGGACCCUGUGGAUAACCAGUUGGGCUUCAGCUAGUGGACCAUACCACAGUACUUGCAUGUUCUGGACAUUUACAUCUGUUGAGUUAAUCCAACUCAGAUUUUUCUUCUACAAUUUUGUCACAUUCAGUCUUUGAUUUGCUUGAGGCAGUAACAUUGGCUGAAAGGAAAUCAAAUGUGCUCAAAUUUGAUAGCAGAAGAUGGAUAGUGGCUCUAGAUCUGAUGGAGGUAGAAUUAUGGAAAAGUAGAGCCGAGUAAAAUUGUUGACUUCAGACGUUAUCCAUCAUUCUGUUUUUAUUUUAAACAAUGGUUCUGACACUGAACUCUGGCUCUGUCCUCAGGCAAAAAGCCUACUGGGCCAAGUUCAUAUAACUAGCCCCUCUCUGCACACUCCACUCUCUAGAACUUUGUUUAUAUAAACAGUAGAAAGGAUAUUGUCCAAAAAGUCAGUAAUUUUAUCAAUAUACCAUUUUCCUUUGACUUUUUACCUGAGGACGGAGGCAGAGUCUAGACUUUGAAACAUCGCUUUAGGUAAAAACACGAAGAUGUGUGAUGUCCAAAAAGUCUGUAAUUUUAUUAAUAAACAAUUGUCACGAACUUUUAAAUCUUA